AAGCCGCUGCUAGAAGCUUCAAUGCCCAGCCCUAACCCGGAAGGAGUACGUUUUUGACGUCAGAAGCAACAGCCAAUCCGUGCGAGGCCCGGGUAGACUGCUCCCAGCAUCUCUUGCGUGCCGCGGCCUCUUUUUCAUUUCCGACGGUGCCGUCAUGUCGGUGGUUUUUGUGCCGGAGAAGAUUCGGAGCAAAGUGGAAGUGAACCAGGAGACGUUGCAGCGGCUGCUAGAAGAAAAUGACCAAUUGAUUCGGUGCAUUGUCGAAUAUCAGAAUAAAGGAAGAGCUGCAGAAUGCGUGCAACACCAACACACUUUGCACAGAAAUCUGAUUUACCUGGCUACUAUUGCUGAGGCAUCUCCAUCUCCCAGCACAGAGAAGACAGCAGACAGUGCCUGAAUACAAAUAUCUGCCUGGAGAAAGUAUGAAGGAUGUCCAUCUGGAAGAAUGAGCGUUCUAAAAAAUGCCAUGCCUUUAGUGAUAUCCAGCUGAAUUGUGCUGCUUUGUCAGUAAAUAAACUUUUUGUACUUCCAGAAAGUGGCAGUGCACAUAGGAUUAAGAUGAGGCAUUGUAUGCUAUCUAAAAGUGUGAUAAAAGGUUUGCAAAGCACACUUGUUAGAAUGCUGUGCAGAAGUGUUAAGCCUGCUCUGUAAUUAGUAAGGAGCAGGAGAUGUGCUGUAAUGACUUGCUAUUUGAGGGAUAAGACUGCACCGCAGAUAUUCAGUACAAGAAGCCAUGAGCUAGACCGAAGAGAAGUUAAGUGCUUUGUUUCUUCAAACAGUGGCAUAAUUAUGCUGUGCUACCAGUAGAGGGCAACACUGAACUGAAAUAUUUUCCUUUCCCAUAAAAAGCUGUAUUGAUUUUUAUUCACUGAAUCUACAUAAUGUGGUCAACAAUAAACCUCUAAGCAAAUCUGA